ACAGUAACGUCGUCUGGUGUGCGCGCGCACGGGACGGAACCACUGAGGCUGAGGGAGCGCGCACCUCAACGCCAGCUGUCCUCUGAGGGAGACCCUUGCCGCCCCUCCCCGAAAGACAUGUCUGCAACCGCAAAAAAAUAGUCGUUUAUUUUUCAGCUGUUGAGGACCCACUCAUACAUUCGCUCACUUCGAUAAUACUGCACAGCUCUAGCCCAUCGACCACCAGCAGCACAGCAACGCCCAUAGCAACGCCUCCUCUGCACAUCCUCCUUCUGUUUCCCUGACCCAGCAACACCGGCCGCCCUCCACCACCAUCAAACAACCUGUUUUUCAACGACCUUACAAACGUUGGAUCCAUACCACACCGUUGUGUUUUCUUUUUAACGCAAAGGACCAUGAACGCGCUGUGUGCAGUCUCUCUUUCAUCAGUCAAAGACACUCAUCAUUGCGAAAGCCCUUCCUCGAGCUGAAACAUUGAGGGAUUCUCUUCCCUUGAACUCACCUGUAAGUUCUGGCCUAUCAAGGAACUGGCAGCGGCACGGGAGCUCCGCCCACCACACCCUCUAAAUGAGGGACAAGGCCACUCAGACCCCUAGGGCCUGGGUAGAUGAGCGGAGGAGAGGCUCUCACAAGCGAUCGGCUUCUUGCGGCAGCACUGACCAGCUAAAAGAGAUCGCAAAAUUGCGACAACAGCUCCAGCGUAGCAAACGCAGCAGCCGCCAUCGCCGGGACAAAGACCGCAAGUCCCCCUUUAAUGGCAACCAUGCUAUCAUCCAGUCACAGUCUCAGAUGCCUAAAACCAUCCUGAUUCCCAUCCCCAUCUCCAAGUCCACACCUCCAAGAUUUCGAAACAGCAUAGAGGGGCUCAACCAGGAGAUUGAACGCAUCAUCAUACGGGACACUGUGGAACGAGAUGAGAUCAUAAUACCACAGGAUGUUCCUGAUGGGCACCGCGCGCCCCCUCCCCUCCCCCAGCGCAGCAGCAGCACACGCAGUAUUGACACACAGACGCCCUCGAACGGUGGGCUGGGCAGUAACCGUAGCAACAGCAGCAGCCGAGCUGACUCAGUCUCACCCUCGUACCUCAGCAUCCUCAACGACACGGUCGGAAACAGCCCACUCGAUGACACGCUCAAUGAGAGCAAAGAAAGAGACCUGGGACCUUGGUCUCCUCUGCCCAAAUAUGCUUCAUCUCCAAAGCCCAACAACAGCUAUAUGUUCAAACGUGAGCCUCCGGAGGGCUGCGAGAAAAUUAAAGCUUUUGAAGAAAACCAGCCAAGGCCUCUCCAAGAUAUUCCUCCAUAUCUCUGCCCAGACAGAAAAAAGGUGAACUUCAUUCCCAAAAGCGGAUCUGCUUUCUGUCUGGUGAGCAUCUUAAAGCCUUUGCUACCCACCCAGGAGCUGAACUUCCGUAGCGGGGUGGGAUACCGUAGUAUCUCGCCCUCCUUGGUGCCUCUGGGUGGGGUUGGGGUUAGGAGCUUGUCCCCCUCCAUGGGUUCCGUCCUGUCCCGUGGACGUCAGUCACCAUGUCUCCCACGACACCUUGAGGAGCCAGAGGGUUAAAACGGAAACGAAGGAACCUCAGCUGAUGAACAGAGAUGUCAUUUUCCCACACUCCUGUAUUGUCUGAUAGAGUCAGAGCUUUGUUAAGAUUUUAUUUAAGAACAUGUUCUGAACAACUUCGAGAGAUAUCAGUUUGAAACUUGAAGAGUUUUUUUUUUUUUUUUGUUAUUUAAGGGUAAUGGUAUUAUGUCAAAUGGAGGAUCAAAGGGAUGUUUUCAAUAUGGUGUACAGAAGCAUUUUUUAGCAUUGCACUUCUUUUUACUUUCUCAACGAUUUAUUGCAUUUUACCAUGAAGCCUUUGAAUUUUCUUAUGUAUAGCUGCAUCCUUUAACCUACACAAGAGUCUGGAAUCAUUUUUAAUGUUUUUGAAAGAUCUCUUAUGCUGCAUUUAUUUGAUUAAAAAUACAGUA